AUGAGAGCGGCGCCAGAUAGUGGUAACUGGGCAAGAUUGUUGCUCGAGAUUGGUGAAGGGAAGUACCAAGAGGACGAAAACGGUUGUAUCGAAUUGCCAACUUCGUUUUAUAGCACCGGAGAUCUUAUAAGCGACGUAUUUGGUGAAGUCAUUACCGUGGACGACAUCACAGAAUUGGCGGAAAAGGCUAUUCUUGCACCUAAAAAUAUGGAUGUGGCUCAAAUGAACGAUUUAGCACUGCAGCGAAUGCCAGAGCAUUUGGAGUUGAGAGUAUACAAGAGUAUUGAUGAAGCACAGCACGCCGACCCGGAAGAUGCUUUCAACUAUCAAAUUGAGCAUCUCAAUAAGAUGAUACCAAGUGGGAUGCCACCGCAUGAACUCAGGUUGAAGAAAGGUUGCAUUGUCAUGCUGCUUCGCAACCUUGACGUAACUAAAGGGCUCUGCAACGGCACUAGAUUGAUUGUCGACGAGUGUGGUCAGCAUGUUCUUGGAUGCCGAUUUGCUACCGGAAGCAGAAGAAAUCAAUUCGUCCUAAUCCCUCGCAUAGACAACUACACAGACAAAGGACUGCCAUUUCGACUUCGAAGGCGACAAUUCCCAGUCCGGCUUGCCUUCGCCACCACCAUCAACAAGGCCCAGGGGCAGACAUUAUCAAAAGUUGGAAUAUUUCUUCCGCAAGAUGUCUUUUCUCACGGCCAACUGUAUGUUGCACUAUCGAGGGUUCGGAACGCCGAAUCGCUCAAGGUUCUUUCACCACAGCGGAAGAUCAAAAAUGUUGUUUACAAAAACGUUCUAUAA